UCCACGCCGCAUCCCUCAGCACCAUGGUCAGCACCGUGUCAGCCUACAAAGAGAAGAUGAAGGAGCUAUCUAUGCUGUCCUUGAUCUGCUCCUGCUUUUACUCGCAGCCUCAUCCCAAGACAAUCUACGAGUAUGAAGACAUGGAGGUGAAGCAGCUCAACAAAAGAGCGUCAGGGCAGAGCUUUGAGGUGAUCUUGAAAUCUCCUACAGACUUGUCCCCAGAUGGUCCUCCACUGGCCAUCUCUCCCAGGAAGAGGGAGGUUUCCUUGGAAGAACUGCAAAAGAGGCUGGAGGCUGCUGAGGAGAGGAGGAAGACUCAGGAAGCUCAGGUGCUGAAACAGCUUGCUGAGAAGCGGGAACAUGAGAGGGACGUUCUGCAUAGGGCAAUAGAAGACAAUAACAACUUCAGCCGAAUGGCCGAGGAAAAACUCAACUACAAGAUGGAGCUGAGCAAGGAGAUACGUGAUGCCCACUUGGCGGCUCUCAGGGAGCGUCUCCGUGAGAAGGAGCUUCAUGCAGCAGAGGUCCGCAGGAACAAGGAGCAACGGGAGGAGAUGUCUGGAUAGAAGCCGCUGCUGCUGUAGACUUCCACCCCAGCUCCUAGAAAGAAAAAAAAAACAGCAAACAAAACUAUUUUAUGUACAUUUCAUUUGUCACUUCAUCUCACAA